UUAUAUAUGAGAGGCGCCUGCAACAAACCGCUCUAAGAAGAAACCGUAUCAAAACAGUGCUCUCGUCCAAAUUCUGGGCAAAAACAGCCAUUCUCGCUUAUCCAAAUCUUCUAAGGUUUCGGAGGAUCUAACCAGAACAGUCGCUCAAGAUGGACAAGUAUAAGCGAGUGGAGAAGGCGAAGGAGGGGACGCCGAUUGCUGAGAACGAGAUUCGUAUCACCAGUAUGGGUAGGCCGCGAAACUACAUCACCUAUGCAAUGACUCUUCUUCAGGAGAAAGGGUCGAAUGAAGUUAUUUUCAAGGCAAUGGGGAGAGCUAUUAACAAGAGUGUGACCAUCGUGGAGCUGAUUAAGAGAAGGAUUCCUGGUCUUCACCAGAUCACAUCUAUUGGAUCCACGGACAUAACAGACACAUGGGAACCUGAAGAAGAAGGCCUUCUUCCAAUCGAGACAACAAGGCAUGUGUCAAUGAUAACUAUAACACUCUCGAAGGAAGAGCUGAACACAUCCUCAGUUGGGUACCAGUGUCCGAUUCCUAUUGAGAUGGUGAAGCCAUUAGCUGAGAUUGAUCACGAAGGACGAGAGGGAUCACCUAGAGGCAGAGGAAGAAGAGGCAGGGGAAGGGGAGGAAGGGGAAGAGGUGGCAGAGGAGAUGGACAUGUGAACGUUCAGUAUGAUGACGGAGGUAUGGAGCCUGAGCGGCCAUCUGGCAGAGGAAGAAGAGGGCGAGGAAGAGGAGGUGCACGUGGUGGUGAUGGAAGAGGAGGUUACAAUGGUCCUCCACCUUACUAUGAAGCCCAACACGAUGGAGGAGAAUACGGAUACAAUGGUCCUCCUCCACAUAAUCAUGAGUAUGAUGAUGGAGGUAUGGAGCGUGAGCGGCCAUAUGGUAGAGGAAGAGGGCGCGGGAGAGGAGGUGCACGUGGUGGUCGUGGAAGAGGAGGUUACAAUGGUCCUCCACCUUACUAUGAAGCCCAACAAGAUGGAGGAGAGUAUGGAUACAAUGGUCCUCCUCCACAAGAUCAUGGAUAUGAUGCUCCUCCUCAGGGCCGUGGACGUGGCCGUGGAAGGGGAGGCCGUGGAAGAGGAGGCGGCCGUGGUGGAUACAACAGAUCAAAUGGACCACAGAUUCAGGCAGCUGGUUAAGUGACCGGGGUCGUUGAACGGACUUUGUUCUUUUCCUUAAUUCUUCAUUCUCUAUGUUUUUCUCUCUCCAUCGGAAACAUGAUGUUGCCGUAGCAUUAUUUUUUCUAUCUUUCAUGUUUGCCUUUAGGUUAUAAAUAUGUUCAUUUAUUCUAUGGAUUUUUACCUUGAGAUUUCU